AUGAGUAGAAUAUUCCUAGACAGUAGCAAAUGUGUGUUUCAACUCUACAAAGAUGAGUACUUACGCAGACCAACACUAGAAGAUAUACAACGAUUGUAUGCUAAACACGAAGAGCUUCAUGGUUUCCCGGGGAUGCUUGAGAGCAUCGAUUGUAUGCAUUGGCCUUCGAAAAUUUGUCCUAAGACAUGGCAAGGGAAAUACACGUGUGGUGAUCACGGCCAUCCAACAAUCAUGCUUGAAGCGGUUGCUUCAUACGAUUUAUGGAUUUGGCAUGCGUAUUUUGUCAUAGCGGGAUCGAACAAUGAUAUAAAUGUGUUGAAUAAUUUGCCUUUGUUUUGGCACUUUGAAUUUCAUAUCCAUUUUGGUUUUAACUUUAAACAUUGCGUGUAUUUUAACUUUGUUAUAUUUAGGGAAAUCAUCGAGGAUCGUGCUCCGGAUACUUUGUUUACGGUUAACAAAACACACUACAGAAAAGGCUACUACCUCGCCGACGACAUUUAUCCGGAGUGGUCAACGUUUGUAAAGGCAUUUUCGUGCCCACAAGAUGACAAGAAAAAAAAAUUUAAAAAGUAUCAAGAAAAAGCAAGAAAGGAUGUCGAGCAUGUAUUUGGAUGUCUUCAAAAACAAUUGCAUAUUCUAAGCCAACCAGCUAGAGCUAGAAGCGUUAACCGGAUUUUUCGAACCAUGUACGCAUGUGUUAUAUUGCAUAACAUGAUAGUUGAAGACUCGGGAUACGUCAUAACAUUACUUGAGGAGGACGGUAUGUUUCAACCACCUCCUGUACCUCGACGUACUUUCCAGGAGAUAAUGGCGGUUCACCAACGUACCAACAGGGAGCUCCGUGACCAACAUGUGCAUCACACUUUUCGUCAUGAUCUUACGAAGUGUAUAGGCGUCCCCCGUGAGCUUUACAUUGGAAAUUCAUUCAACGAUUUUCAAAGGAUUAUCGGGUCUUUAAAACAUGAAGACAAAAGCUUUUUAUGUGUGGGUAAAGGCGUAGUCAAUUAG